GGGGGACGGCGCGACCCGGCGGCGGGGCCACCCGCGAGUCCAGCGCCGCCGCGGUCCCCCGAUGCGGCCGCGAGGAGCAGCGGGGGGGCAGGCGAUCGAAGCCUCUAGAAGCAUCGUUUUGUGAUGAUGGAAGCCUCUUUGUCUAUUCUGUGACAGAGGUGGAGCGAUGCUGACCUUGGAUUCCUGGACCCAUUCCGACUCAGACAGCAGAAAUGACUGGACAAGCUGUUAGUUCUUGUGCAAGAAACUGCAAAACAAAAAAAAAUGUGCAAGAUUUUCCUUAGAUGGACACAGUUUGGCCCGGGUUCAGGCUGACGUCAAGGCUUGGCCCUGCAGUGCAUUAUUUCUCACACCUUCAACAAGCUCUGAAACCUUAACGCCAUUCAUUUCCCCCUGUCAUCUUGAGGAGCCUUCACGUAAAUGGGUCCAGUCAUGCCUGCCAGUAAGAAGCCAGAAAGCUCAGGAAUUAGUGUGUCCAGUGGACUGAGUCAGUGUUACCCAGGCAGCGCUUUCUCCAAGGCCCUUCAGGAAGACGAUGACCUCGACUUUUCCCUGCCUGACAUCAGAUUAGAAGAGGGGACCAUGGAAGAUGAGGAGCUGACCAACCUGAACUGGCUGCAUGAGAGCAAGAACUUGCUGAAGAGCUUCGGGGAGUCGGUCCUCAGGAGUGUCAGCCCCGUCCAGGACUUGGACGACGACACCCCUCCGUCCCCCGCCCACUCUGACAUGCCCUACGAUGCCAGGCAGAACCCCAACUGCAAGCCCCCAUACUCCUUUAGCUGCCUCAUAUUUAUGGCCAUCGAGGACUCUCCGACCAAGCGCCUGCCAGUGAAGGAUAUCUACAACUGGAUCUUGGAACAUUUUCCAUAUUUUGCGAAUGCACCUACUGGGUGGAAAAACUCAGUGAGACAUAAUUUGUCACUGAAUAAGUGUUUUAAGAAAGUGGACAAAGAGAGGAGUCAGAGUAUCGGGAAAGGGUCAUUGUGGUGCAUAGACCCAGAGUAUAGACAAAAUCUAAUUCAGGCUUUGAAAAAGACACCUUACCACCCACCUCCCACUCCUCAGGCAUAUCAAAGCACAUCAGGUCCACCCAUCUGGCCGGGCAGUACCUUCUUCAAGAGAAAUGGAGCCCUUCUGCAAGAUCCUGACAUUGAUGCUGCCAGUGCCAUGAUGCUUUUGAAUACUCCCUCUGAGAUACAAGCAGGUUUUCCUCCAGGAGUGAUUCAAAAUGGAGCACGGGUUCUGAGCCGAGGGCUGUUCCCUGGCGUCCGGCCAUUGCCAAUCACUCCCAUUGGAAUGACGGCAGCCAUGAGGAAUGGCAUCACCAGCUGCCGGAUGCGGACUGAGAGCGAGCCAUCGUGUGGCUCCCCCGUGGUCAGUGGAGACCCCAAGGAGGAUCACAACUAUAGCAGUGCCAAGUCCUCCAACGCCCGGAGCACCUCGCCUGCCAGCGACUCCAUCUCUUCCUCCUCCUCCUCCUCGUCCUCCUCCUCGUCCUCAGCUGAUGACCACUAUGAGUUUGCCACAAAGGGGAGCCAGGAGGGCAGCGAAGGCAGUGAAGGGAGUUUCCACAGCCACGAGAGCCACAGUGAAACAGAAGAGGAUGACAGGAAGCCCAGCCAGAAGGAGGCCAAGGAUGUUCUGGGGGACAGUGGGUACGCAUCCCAGCACAAGAAGCGCCAGCACUUCGCCAAGGCCAGGAAGGUCCCCAGCGACACGCUGCCCCUCAAAAAGAGACGCACAGAAAAGCCCCCGGAGAGCGAUGAUGAGGAGAUGAAAGAGGCAGCCGGGUCGCUCCUGCACUUAGCAGGGAUCCGGUCCUGUUUGAAUAACAUCACCAAUCGGACGGCAAAGGGGCAGAAGGAGCAAAAGGAAACCACAAAAAACUGAAAACAAGUCACUGAUUUGUUUUGAACUUAUGGCCAUUUGGUUUCAGCAUGUCAGGAGAUUUCUAAUGAUUUGUGGCAAUAUCAGCAAUUUUUUUUCUUUUUUUUCUUUUGGUUUGGUUUUCUUUCUUUUCUUUUCCUUUUUUAAUUUGCCCCCCUCUCCUUUGUUUUGGACCCUUAAGAAUUUUAUGUUUAAAGGAGAUUGAAGCCAUAGAACUCAUAUUGACACUCAGCUGUUUUACAAAAGCUUUUCAUUAUCUGAAGACAAAACCGAAAAAGCCAAAAUUACCAUUGCUUCCUACAGCCUGUCAGAAACAUGCGGCUGAAUCCGCAGGGAUGUCAACUCCAAUGCCAUGGGAACACACAUGCAGCACCCAGAAGGCACAUGUGCAGAGUCAUCGCCGUUCAGACCCAGCCCUUGGGUUUAAAAAUUCAGAUGUCCCUCCAGUUGCAUUCACUGUCAAGGCACAUGGAGCAGUUGGAGAGAAGGAAGAACCUGUGUCCCCCUGGGAGCAGACCCAAGCUUAUGGCACCCAGCAUCCCCUGUGCCAGGAAAGCUGUGGCACUGCCACGCAGUGAGCACAGCUCACUUAGCUUUGCAGCCUGGUAACAUCUUACAGGUGAACACAGGACUCUUCAGGUACAUCAGGUGCCAGGACUAAGGAGGAGCAACGGGGUACCUUUUCAGUGAUGUUGCUAAUCACUGAAUUCUGUUCUCUAUUAAAUUAAGAAAAUGUUCCAAAAGCCAUAAGCCUAAAGGUGGCCCUGCACAUGUGGCGUGUACACACACACACACACACACACACACACACACACAAUGAGACUAAGAGAAAACAGGCCAUGUCUUCUUAACUUCCCAAGUGAAAAGCAGUCAAGCCCAAGAAAUUACAGUAGCUGUUAAGGAAGGUAAUAAUGGUGUAGAUUCUUUUUCUGUCUAAGAAAACUAUUUGAUCCAAAUGAAGAAAAAACUACUGCCAUUAGUUGUGGUAUAUUUUUAAAAGAUUCAAGGCAUAUUGAUGGACAUAAAAAAGUAGAACAUGACAAAAAAAUAAAUAAAAUAAUAACUCCUAUACUGCCCUUAAAAAGGAGUUUGCAAUUAAUGUCAGUCAGGAUUCAUCUUCACAAAGUCAAUGAUUUUCCACAUUCAGCCAGUGUAGCCAGCAGAAAUUUCUAAUCCACAAUGCAUGGAUUCCUUUGAAGAAAAAAAGAAAAAGAAAAAAACGACAAAAACAAACUUUUCUAUUCAAAAAUAACAAAGUUCUUGUAAGGUAAAUAAUGUAUUUAGCAUGAAGCAUGAAUUAUUUUCAUAUAAAUAUAGAAAUAGAGAAAAGGCUAUGCCUCUAAUUUUUAAGCCCUUAGGCUUAGAGGUUCUUUUGUUUUCUUUCUCUUUCUUCCUUUCUUUUUCUUUCUUUUCUGUUUCUUUUUUUCUCUUUUUUGGAUUAUUUUGUUUUGGUGUUUUGAAGCAGGUGUUUAAGGUUUAACCUUCUUCAGGGACAAAUUCUCACUGUUGGGGAACUUACUCUGCAAUAUAAAAAUAUCUUCAUGCUCUGGUAGGGCUUGGAUGGUUGAACUCUACACUGCCUUGUCUGCACUCAGCCCCCGACCCCUCUGAUUCCCUACUGAAGAGUGUGUCCUUUUCUUUGUCUUUACAUGUUUAACAUGACGCAAUAAUUUGAGGGCAAACUUAGUAGUGAGUGUGUAUGAUAGAAUCAAGAGAAUUAUGGGACGCUUACUUGAGAAAAUCAUUACCGUGAUUUGGUUGUAGGAAAAAAGGCAGUGAAUAAUUAUGCAAAUUCGCCAGAAGAAGGGGAAGCAUGUUAAUGGGCCUUAUUAGGUGAGGGUAUGAGAUAGGGCACCUGUGAAGGAGGAAGCAAUGGAUAAGGAUAAGGGCGUUAGAAAGGCCAGCCCCCCCACACACACACUUUAUUGCAACAAUGCCAUUUCGCAGUAAGAAGGCGGGGCUGACCUGACCACCUCAGCACACAACCAACCUGGAAUUAAGACCACCUAGAUGGUGAGAGCUGGAUUUAGACAACCAGACAAUAUCACGCAGACCAGAAACUCCUGUUAUCUUUGCCUAAAAAAGAAGAAAACAUUAUUUUUUCUUUUUCGGAGAUCCAAAGAGAAAUCUCUGAAAGAAUACAAUCUUCCAUCCAAAUGGAGGGGAGUUUUAAAAUGCAAACAAAAACACCCACUACCAUGGCUCAGGAUCUGAUGGUUGAGGAGAAGGAGGGAACUGAGGUAACCUUGAACUUGUAAAAGACAUUUGUGAGACAAAACCAAGCCCAUCUGGCAGGACUAGGUACUGUCAGGACUCCAUCAGCCAGGAGUUAACUGGUGCAUUCCCCAAACCUACCUUUCUGUGGGCCGCUGAUGAGAGAAACUAGGAGACAUCUACACCUGUAAGGAAGCUCAGAUUCUUUACCUACCCCGAACUUGAAUACAUCCAGCAUAUUUGCUCAAGGUGUAGGUGUGAAGACCGGUGCAGUGCUCUGUUCCCUCUUUCUCCCCAAGCUUCUGACACCAUAAAAGCCAUUCACAGCUCUGGAACCUGAGCCACACUUUGAUUUGUGUUGUCACCUGACCAAGCCCAAAAGACCACCACCUCAGUUGCCCACACCCAAGACAUCCAAUGCAGACUUUCCUCCAAGGGCAGAGGCGAACAUUCAGCCAGGUUUCUGGCAGGGGACUUCUUCCAGUGAAAAUCCCCACAGUGGCUGUCUCCCCUCAUUUCAUUUUUCUAAAGGGGCAGAAUCCUCUUUUAGAAAAUAAUAAAAUGCAAUGUGUGAUUUACUUUUCUGAUCUCUUUGAGAAAUAGAGAAAUAUCUUGUAAAAGUGCGUUCUUCACUCCAGAACCACUCUUUUUUGCAUAAAUACCUCAUCGGGCAGCUUUCUAAGUGUUAUUUUCCUGAGCCUCCCUUGGCACCUUCAUCAGAUCUUCUGGAAGACUUGUUGGGGAAACUUUAGUGAGGGUACUUUUUUUCUAUUUUUCUUCUGUUUUUGGAGGCAUACACAUUAUGCAUAACCAAAACAAUGGCUCAAUUGUGUUUAACUUUGUAUUUUGAUUGUUGGGGGAAAAAAAGUAUCGAUGUGUAUGUGGCUGUUUGUAGUGACUUCAUUACGGAACGAGGUUGUUCGUGUCCUUAACAAGCCAAGGGGCAAAAGGCACCUUCUCUUACCCCUCCUCCGAGAGCAGUAGAGAAUUUAAGCACAAGCCUAUUUGUGAAGGACUAUUUUGCUUAAAUGUAAUUCACGUUAGUCUAGGAAUUCCUUCCCAAACGUCAGGUGUUCUUUUAGCUUCCAAACUAGCAUAUGUAUCCAUUAGUCUGACAGAUUCACCUGAACACCAUUCAGGGUGUGGUAUCUUUGCUUCAUUUCUCCCGCUGGGAGAAGCAGGGGGUUCAUGUGUCAUUCCAAUAUCUCACACACUCACAUGGGGCAGGGGUGGGGGGAAUGGGGAACUAUAGCAAUAUUCAAUUCAAAGAUGCUUUGGAAAACAACCAUGAACACAUCAGCACCACAAUAUCUACAAUGACUUGCUAUUGGCCCUUGGACACAUUUAAGAAGAAGAGCCUGCAGCUCUUUUUUCUUAAAUGAAAUAGACCUAAACAGUUAUUUUUAUCCUACUAUAAUUGUCUCUUAUCUAGUACUCUGUGGAAAAGGUUUGCAUCCUAGAUAUUUUCCCAGCCUUAUACCACAACCUCCUACUUCCCUCUCCCAUCUCUAAUCAGUGUACUUUGACUUUGGUAAGGCCACCUAUCUGAAACUAAAAAGGAACCAAACCCACAUUUCUAGGGUAGUUUGAGAAAACCAUGGCCAAGACACCUGGGGCAGUUUGCAAUCUUGGGGCAGAGUUUUGAAGGAGGAAUGUGUCAGAGGCCUCCCCCAGGAAUGGAUUUUUCUUACAGAGGCAUUCGGUGUGGCUAGUGCCUGCUGGCUGAGGCAGGUACUCCCAUGGGACAUUUGGGAAGAGGCCACUGCGUUAAAUGGUGCCCUGCCCAAGGCAGGGCAGUGGGCUCUGUAGAGUGGAAGCCAUAAGGAUGGCUCUGCCUGCUCUGAGUCCAUCACAUGGGGCUGCCCAGCACCAUGUGCAGCUGACUUGAGUAACAGUGGCUCCUCUGCGGGGCCUCCAGCCUCCUGCUGAAGGGCUCUUUCAGAAGGAAUGAGUCUGUACAAGUGACCUACAGGGGAGGGCUUUGCAUAUGGGAUCGGAUUAAAUUCAAUGUGAUUUCUCUUUCCCUUUCACCUUGAUUCGGAUUGGGACUCAUUUCUUUCUGGUGGAUCACAGCUGCCCAGAUGUUGCGAUUUAUUUUUAUGUUUGUGGAGAAGUAUUUUUUCUUUCAUCUUCAGGAAUUUUUUUUUGCCACCAAAAGAAAACAUUGGAACUCUAUGUCCCCUCUUGAUUGUGACUUACCAGUGUUGACAGUUAAGUCCUUAGUGUUGUAGGUCCCAGCCCACCAAUACUAUAUCAAACACUGUUAUGCACAUAAUGCAGCACUGUGAUCUAAUUUAAAUAAUACUUUUUUAUUAUUUAUACUACUAUAUAUAAUAUACAUCAACACUUUUGCUAUAUAACCUAAGUGAUGAAGCCCUUUUAGUUACCUGCCAAACUCUGGACUUUGGUUUAUAUUGCAGUUAACAGUUACAAAGUUGUAAUGGUGUCUCUUUUUUUCUUUGUAAUGGAAUGUGUAAAUCAAAGUAUAUACAUUGUGUGGUGUUCCUGUUUCUUGGAAUUUCAUGAGGAUUUACACACGGCAUUCAGUGUUCUAUAUAGAUUUACCUACCUUUGUGAAGUCAUCUGUUGACCCUCUUCCUUUGAGAGAGCACCAGCCGUGGUGGCUGACUCCUGUGUCUGCUCUCCUGCUGGUUCUUCUUGAAUUAAGCACAGACUCGUCAGCUCAGUUGCUUUAUCAUGAAUAAUGUGUGUGACCUUGGCAUUCUUCCACAGUUCAGCAAAGUGCUAGCUUCACUGACCAAAAAUUAAGGAAGGAAAACACCAUUUGCAAAAUGAUUCAUCUUUUAACAGCCGAAACCAAUGUAUCUAUGGUGCUGCAUCUUGCCGUUGUGCUUCUGAAAUCAGACUGAGGUGAAAAAGAUCCUUUUCUGAAUUACCGUGAGAUGCUCACACGUACCCUUCCUGUUGUUCUGUUAGUGUUGAAACCGAGACUAUUUAUUUGGAAUAUAUACAGCAGUGUUUCUCCACUGUGUUUCAUUUGCAAAACUGGAGAAAAAGCCUUCUCUACCUUUUGCAAAUAGUUGAUAUUCCAUAUUGGAUUCUCAAAGACUUCAAUAUGGUGAACCUAGAAGUUGUAUUUUAUCCUUUCAUGACUGUGGCCUGAGUUCCCCAUCCCCCAUCCCUUUUAGAGGAAACGUAGCACACACUCAGUUAAUAAAACACUCACCAUUUCUGAGUAUGUAUGUUGAGGCCAUCCAAGCUCAUAGCAGAUUCAGUAACCAGUUUCAUGCUGUGUCAUUCACACUCACUACUUAUAUUGCCAUGGUGAAAAUGUGGAGGAAAAAAGUAUCCGUGUGUGUCUGGGAAGCAUAUACCUUGUACACUUUUUUAUACUCUGAUUCUGUAACAUUUCUGAGUUUUGUUUUUGUUUUACAGAAGAAAAAAAAGUGAUAAAGCAAUCAGAAGACCAAGAGGUUUACGAUUGAUGCUUAAGGUCAACUCACCUUUGCUGGCCAAUAGACCUAGAUGGCCAAAUUAACUUACGACAGUAAUAAUUUUUUUCAGAAGCCAAUUUUUUUCCUGUAUGAAACUGCCAAUAUCAUGAAUAGAAAGGGAGAACUAUAAAGGAGAAGGAAAGUGAUGUUCAGUUGUGUUUGUGUUAACCUAAAGGAGCAGUUUGGAGAUGGGCAAAAUCAGCCAAACUGUAGGGACUUGGUCUUGCUUUGGAGGAUCUAUACUUGCAUUUUGCAUUCUUCAUAUGUAAUCAUAUUGCCAAAGACAAACUAUUUCAUCAUUUAUUGUAAAUAACACUUUUCCCCAGACCUACCAUAAAGUUUCUGUGAUGUAUUGUCUUCCAGUUGCAAUAAAAAUUACUGAGUUGCAUCAAUUGAAGAAAAGCA